AUGGAAAACAUGAAAAAGAGUUAUUUCGUUAAACUAUUGCGUGAGGUAGGCUCACCGGAUCAAACUCUUCAAAACUGUAUGCAAAUGGUGAUGGGUUUAAUGGAACGAAUUAGGAGAUAUUAUUUUGGGGUGGAUUUAAACACGUAUACUAAUGAUGAGCUUGCUUUGAUGAUGGUUAUAGAUGGUUGUUACAUACUUAGAUAUAUUAAUAAUCUUUCUAUAAGUGGCAGUUUAUAUUCAGACAACAAGUUACGCAGUAGGAAUAUCGCUUUGGACCUGGUGUUGCUAGAAAAUCAGAUCCCAUUUUUUGUUCUUGAAUACAUCCAUGACCUCACUGUCCAAAAAAUGCAACCACAAUCCAAUCUAACAACCAUGCUUAAGGUUAUACUAGAUCACAUCAAUCCGUUUGAAGAUCCCUUAAAACUUGAAAAUGUUGGCACAGAUGCAACUCAUAAACACAUUCUUGGCCUUCUACACACAUGUUACAAACCUAUAUUUCAUGAACUACCGAUAAUAUCAACAAUUCCAACAGCCCACUCAGCCGUAGAACUAGAUAGAGUUGGGGUGAAGAUCAAGCCAAAUAAAACCUUGACUUGGCCAAUGGAAAUGAAGUUUAAAAAGAAAUCCAAGUUCUGGCAUAAACCUACUCUCAAAAUGCCAGUAGUGCGUGUUGACAAUUUCUUUGAAGUCGUGUUAAGGAACCUCAUUGCAUACGAGCAGUACUCUCCGGUUGAGAAUUAUGUUACAUCAUAUGCCAUGGCAAUGCAUAUGCUAGUCCCUACUCCAGCAGAUAUUGCUAAGUUGGGAAAAUCAGGUGUCAUUAUCAGCCACUUGGGUUCAAACGAAAAGGCUUCAAAUUUGAUAAGCAGCAUAUGCGAAAAUGUCAACUUGCCAGAUUUCUAUUACAUGGAACCAUGGAAGAAUAUAGCUCAACACUGCAACAGUUACUGGCCCAGAAAUUUAGGGGUGUUUAAGGGAACAUAUAUUGAUACUCCAUGGAAAGUGAUUGCUCUACUUGCUGCAAUUGUAGUGUUUCUUAUUACUGUAAUUCAAUUCUUUCGUUAA